UCUCACGUGCAUUGUGUGCUCCGUUUGCCGCCUCUCUCUCCUGUUCUCCAGCAAGUGGCGAGUCAUCCCACAGGUGAAAAAGAUAGUCGGAAAUUUGGAUUUCUGAAAUUUAAUCGACAGUGCCGGGUCGUGGGUUCAACAUGGAGGCAUUUGCUGAUCCAGCAUCGGAGGCAGCAUGCAACAUCUUCAGGGAAUUUCUGGAAUCUUUCUCAAAGGAAACAACAGAUACGAUGAGUAAUGAAAAUGAAGGAGAGCGGGAGUAUGUUGAGCAGCUAGGGUUGAUGAGAAGCAACGGCAAAACAACACUUUUUGUUGACUUCGAACACAUAGCCAGCUUCGAUCAUGACCUUCGAGACAUUGUGAUUGACGAGUAUUAUCGUUACGAGCCUGCAUUUAAGAGGGCUGUACAGCUGUUUAUGUCCAGAUACUUCCGCUCAUAUGCAGAAGAAGAUGGUGGCAAGGAGUUUUACCUUAGCAUUUAUAACCUCCCAACGGUGCUCAGGUUGAGGGACCUCAAAACGGAAGAAAUAGGUAAGCUGGUGGCUGUCAGCGGUACCGUGACGCGAACAUCAGAAGUCCGGCCAGAGCUUCUGUAUGGAACCUUCAAGUGCCUGGAAUGUGGCACCGUGAUCCACCAUGUGGAGCAGCAGUUCAAAUACACCCAGCCAGCAAUCUGUCCGAAUUCCACAUGCUCAAACCGAGAGAGAUGGGCGCUGAUGAGGCAUGAGUGCAAGUUUGUUGACUGGCAACGAGUAAGGGUGCAGGAGAAUGCUGACGAGGUGCCAGCUGGAAGUUUGCCACGAAGCCUUGAUGUCAUCCUGAGGCAUGAGAUCGUGGAACAAGCAAGAGCUGGUGACAAAUGCAUCUUUACAGGGACACUAGUUGUGGUACCUGAUGUAGCUGCCCUUUCUCGGUCAGGUGAAAGGGUAGAGACAAUGAGAGGAGUUGGACAUGCGAUUAAUGAAGGUGUGCGUGGACUCAAAGCUCUUGGCGUUCGAGAUCUCACCUACAGGCUCUGCUUCAUCGCAACGGCUGUGCAGCCUUCAGACAACAAGAAAGGAAUCGUCAACAUCCGCGCAGACGAGGAAGAGGGCUCUGUCCAAGAUCAGUUUACUGCUCAAGAAAAGGAGGAGAUAUCUCGCAUGAGGUCACAGACACAACUUUAUGAUAAACUAGCUGCGUGCAUUGCUCCCACCGUUUGGGGGCACAUGGAAAUAAAGCGUGCCAUCCUGCUGAUGCUUUUUGGAGGGGUUCACAAAAAGACUGGCGAGGGUAUCAACUUGAGGGGGGAUAUUAAUGUCUGCAUCAUUGGCGAUCCUAGCUGUGCAAAGAGUCAGUUCCUGAAGUACGUUGCUGGAUUUCUUCCCCGUGCUGUCUAUACAUCCGGGAAGUCCAGUUCUGCAGCAGGACUCACAGCAACUGUGGCGAAGGAACCAGAGACAGGAGAAUUUUGUAUAGAGGCUGGUGCUCUUAUGCUUGCAGACAAUGGGAUUUGCUGCAUUGACGAGUUCGACAAAAUGGACAUCAAGGAUCAGGUGGCGAUCCAUGAAGCUAUGGAGCAGCAGACGAUAAGUAUUGCAAAGGCUGGUAUUCAAGCAUCUCUAAAUGCAAGGACAUCUGUAUUGGCUGCAGCCAAUCCAACCGGUGGACGUUAUGACAAAUCAAAGCCACUGAAGUAUAAUGUGAACCUUCCGGCGCCCAUUUUAUCAAGAUUUGAUCUUGUCCAUGUUAUGAUCGACGAUGCUGAUGAGGUCAGAGACUAUCAUGUCGCAAGGCAUAUUGUGUCUGUUCAUCAGAAGAAAGGGCAGAUGGAUGACAUCCCUGAGUUCACGACAGCCCAACUCCAGCGAUACAUCAAAUAUGCACGCACAAUAAAGCCACAGUUGACGCCGGAAGCACAGAGAUUACUUGUGGAGGCAUAUGUCCAGCUGCGACGGGGAGAUGCUGCUCCUGGGAGCCGAGGUGCCUACAGGAUAACUGUGCGACAGCUUGAAGCAAUGAUCCGGUUAUCAGAGGCACUUGCUCGCAUCCACUGUGAUGAGCAGAUUCGACCUGCACACGUCAGGGAAGCAAAGCGACUUCUAAGUACAUCGAUUAUCAGUGUGGAUGCACAAGCCAUUGAUCUUGAUAUGGAUACAGAUGAUUUGGAAAGGGAAGCUAUCCCAGAGUAUCUGGAGGAAGAAGGUCAUGCCAUGAAUGGAUCACAGGCAGGAGCUAGGCCAUCAGCGACGGACAGGAGUGGACAUCCAGAACGCAGCACCCAAGGUGGUAGCACCGAGAAUGGACAGGGAGAAUCCUCCGGAAAGGAGAAAGAGAAGAAGCCAGCAAGGAUGCAAGUUUCAUUUGAGAAGUUCCAGCAGAUCACAGACUCCCUUGUGAUGAGAUUAAGACAGCACGAAGAAGAGCAGGGUUCUGGUGGAGAUGGAGGAAUUGCUGGAAUGAAACAGGGCACCCUUCUGCAAUGGUACAUCGGCGAACAAAACAAGAAGGGGGUGUUUGCUAAUGUUGAAGAGGUCGUUGAAGAGUACCGCCUCGUCCGCAAUGUCAUACAGCACUUGAUAAAGAGAGAGGGAGUCCUGAUUGUCCUUCAUGAUGGCUCACAACCUGAUGCCCAAGCUUCCAGCCAAGCUGAUGCCAGUCAGGCCCCUGAAACUGCUGUCGACGGUGCAGAUGCUCCUACUGGAGCUCAAACUGGUGCUCAUGGGAAAUCAUCCAUAGAGGACAGAGUGCUGGCUGUGAAUCCAAACUAUGUUGUUGAGUAAAGUAGCAUCCUCAUUACGACCGCUUUUGUAUUCGUCUGCAAAACCUCCUCCUCACCUCCCCCCCCUCCGCCUGCUCGCCCCCCUCUUCAACACCUAGGCUUUCAUUAUUGUUCUCCUAUGCGGAAAUGUAUCCUACCUUCCAGUUUGCAAAUUUUCCACCAAACAGAACCCCAACACAUUGCUAUAGUCGUGACUAUAAACUCAGUGUAGCAUCCUCAUUACAAACGCUUCUGUAUUCGUCUGCAAUACCUCCUCCUCAUCUCUCUCCUCCCCCCCUGCCCUGCUCGCCCCCCCUCUUCAAAACCUAGGCUUUCUUUAUUAUUCUCCAAUGCGGAAAUGUAUCCUACCUUCCAGUUUCCAAUUUUUCCACCAAACAGAACCCAACACAUUGCUAUAGUCGUGACUAUAAACUCAGUGCCAUAGCCUCCGCUGUUCUUAUUGCUAUAGUCCUUCCAAUGAGCUUUGCUAUUGGCCUUGCUAGAGUCGUUGCUACAGCCAUUGCUAUGGUCAUUGCCAUGGUCAUUGCAAGGCAGGUUAGCAGAUCAAAGGCCUGUCUGGCGAUACAUGUCCGUGUUUUUUUCCUUUGAUUCGAACAGACUGCCAAUGAUUGUUGCUAUAGUCAUUAUAAGGCUACUUAUUUAGUUUCAGCGUCCAAGUCUUCAAGACUUGAUGUGUGUCUGAGUAUCGGAUUUCCUUCCUUCGGAGGGGUAGUUCCCUCAGCAAAUGUGGGUUCUAUUCUGGCUCCCUGUGGCAGGCAGAUUCCUCUUGAGAUUAGAGGGUGACGCCCUGCUGAACGGGUUGAUUGUAGAGGCACCCUGUCCAGCUUUUAUUUGAUUUCUAACUCUAGGCAGCAAUGGAUCGGCACAGCACUUAUUUGAAGUUAUUUCACUUUCUUUUCUGCGCAGCUUUUUCUGCUAAUGUGAGUUCUAGCGUGGCUCCUUGUUCCAGGCAUCAGUCUCAUGAGAUUUGAGCCGCACUGUGGCUCUCUCUUAGCUGCGCCUUUUUUCAUCUUCUUUUUCUAUGGGGUUGGAGGCAUCAGUCUCAUGAGAUUUGAGCCACAGUUGACUGCAUCUGCAUUGCCAAGGGAGUGUUACAGAUGCAGAUGUGGUCUGAUUUCUUCUGGCCUGCACAAUGGAAGGGGAGGUGCUGUGUUUCUUCUGACAUAAAUGUGUCUGACUGGAAUUGCAAGGUUCCUUAUGGCUCCCUGAUUGCCAAGCCAUUAAAACUCGUUUCAACAUUAAGAG